AUGUCUCCCAUCAGCAUACUCACCUUUGUGGCAUCACUGCUCUUUGCAGACCUGGUCAACGCGGACCGGGUCCUAGGGGCGUAUAUUUUCCAGCGGCAUGGGGACCGCAGCGCUAAAGCUUGGCCACCAACAAAAUUGACCAGUCUCGGGUAUAGUCAGGAGUAUAGGACUGGGUCCUUUUUCCAUGACCGCUAUAUCUCGGAUAACUCUUCCUACCAAAUCGAUGGGAUCAGUACCGACAUCGUUAACUUGGCCCAAGUCACCGCGAGUGCGCCUCAAGAUGAUGUGAUUGACAACUCCGGAGAAGGGUUCCUGCAAGGCCUCUAUCCUCCCGUUGGCUCUAUUGCCACGGAGACUCUGCGCAAUGGAUCAACCAUCCAGUCCCCCUUGAACGGCUACCAGCUGAUUCCUAUGUCAGAUGUGCGAUCUGGCAGUGGGAGUGAGGACAACACGUGGCUGCAGAGCGCCUCUUCCUGUAGCAAGGCCAAAUUCAGCAGUAAUAACUACUUCAAUUCGAAAUCCUACCACGAUCUACUGUCAACCACACGCGGACUCUAUCAGUCUCUUGAGCCGCUGGUGAAUCAGACAUUCAGCCCCAGUGAGCUGAGCUACAAGAAUGCAUACACCAUAUGGGAUUUGCUCCACGUAGCUUUGAUCCACAACUCUACCGCGAGCUUCCCCUCAUCCGUCACUCUUACCGACACGGUCAUGCAAGAGCUGUUUGUUCUUGGGAAUGAGCACGAGUUCAACCUGGCAUACAACAUUUCAGACCCCAUUCGUGCUGUUGCAGGUAUGAAUUUGGCAGGCGAAGUUCUGACAGCUUUGAACGAAACAAUUACAUCUGGCGGAAAAUCCAAGCUGAACAUCCAGUUUGGUGCAUACGCCUCUUUCCUCUCCUAUUUCGGCCUCUCUGGGCUCUCAUCCGCCAAUGCGAACUUUACCGGAAUCCCUGGCUAUGCUUCAUCCAUGGCAUGGGAGCUUGUGACAAAUGACGAGGGAACUGGCAUGCCCCCCCAUGUCGGACAUUAG